UGAGAGUGAGAGACCGCAGGAGGGUUGGUGAACGGGAAGAAAUGAGAGAACUGGUAGAAGGAACGAGGCCUAAUGAGAGUGACUGAGGGAAGAAAAGAAGGACGGAUGGAGGAACGGAAUGGAACGGACAUGAGAGGAAGAGAUGGAUGGAGGGACAGUGCUGGUCGGAGUGAGGGGAUGGAGAGGGUGGGGUAGGAGGAGAUUGGGAAGAAUAGUGAGGGUCUGAGUGAUGUGGACAGAGAUGGAGGGGUGGAGAAUGAAGGGAGAGAAUUAGUGAAUCAGUGAGGCAGGAUUGGAAGUGAGGGAGAAGAGCAGGGGAGAGGAACAGAGGUUGGUGGUAUGGGAGAGUCAGUGGUUAUGAGAGGGAUUAAGAGAGAUGAUGAGAGGAGGAGAGACAAUGGGGAGAGUGAGGGAAAGACAGCGAUUCGGAGUGGGAUGGAAAGAGACAGUGAAUGCUGUGAAAUGUGAGAGAAGGGGAGAGAUAGUGAGGAAGAGUGUGAUGAGAUGGGUAUGGGCAAAAAGCUCAUUUCCUUCUACCCUGACUCCAUCCUGUCUCCACUUGUCCUGACCCUGUCCACCUACAUCUGUGAUUCCUCUGAUACCCUCCACCAUAUUGACAGUUUUCAGUUCCCUGGCCCUAAUUGCCCCUUGUUCACGGUGGAUGUGCAAUCCCUCUGUACCUUCAUUCUCCACCAGGAUGGUCUGAGAAUUCUCCUUCCUCAACCAGAGGCUUGAACAGUCACCAUCCACCACACUUUCCUCCACUUGACUGAACUUGUUCUUUCACUGAACAAUUUCUGCUUUAAUUCAUCUCACUUCUACCAAGUCAAGGGAGUGGCUAUGGGCACAUGCAUGGAUCUCAGUUAUGCCUGUCUCUUUAUGGGGUACAUGGAACGAUCCUUGUUCUAGUGCUAUUACUGGCCCAUUUGCACAACUCCUUUCUCAGUAUAUUAACAACUGUUUCCAAGUCAGGACAUGACCUUGAAAAGCUCAUUCAUUUUGCCUCCAAUUUCCACCUCUGUAUAACUUUCACAUCAUCCAUUUCUGCCACUUCCCCCUCCUUUCGUUGAUCUCUUUGUCUCCAAUUCGUGGAAUAAACUGUCCAGUGCCAUCCACUACAAAGCCACUGACUCCCACAACUACCUUCACUACAGCUUGUCACACCCCACGUCCUGCAAGUACUCCAUCCCAUUCUCCCAGUUCUUUUUGCCUUGGUCACAUUUGUUUGGAUGAUGGCACCUUCCACAACAGCACUGCUGACAUGGCUUGCUUCUUCCAUGACCAUGGUUUUGCAUCCACUGUGACAGGGCCCUCAACCGCAUCCGACCUAUCACCCAUGCUUCCGCCCUUGACCCUUCCCAUCACUCACAACAGCAUGAUUGGGUUCCCCUUGUCCUUACUUUUCAAGCCACCAGCCUCAGCUUUCAAAAGAUCAUUCACUACCAUUUCAUACAACUCCAGCAUAACUUUCCCUUGCUUUCCUGUCUUCAUUUUGCAGUGAUCGUUCCCUCAGGGGCACCCUAGUACAUUCUACAACCACCACCAGCAUUCCCUAUCCCUACGGCACCUCCCAUGCAACUGCAGAAGGUACAACACCUGCCCUUCACCACCUCCCUGCUCACCAUCUGAGGGCCUAAAUAGUCUUUGCCAGGUGAAGCAGCAUUUCACCUGUGCUUCCUCCAAGAUUUCCAGAGGUAAUGAGGUCAGUGACAGUCCUAGCAACGGAGGCUUGAUGUUUGGAUGUGGGUUCAUGGUCCAGGGGGUAGUAGAAAGAAAUGUCCAACCUGCUCACCAUCAAAGGGCCUAAGUAGUCUUUCCAGGUGAAGCAGCAUUUCACCUGUACCUCCUCCAGCCUUGUGUAUUGUUUUUGCUGCAUCUAAUGUGGCCUACUGUAGGUUGGAGAAACCAAACACAGACUGGUUUUGCAGGAGGACCAAACAUCUUUCAAAUCUCUAGUAGCCAUGACAACAGAAGCACCAAUUCCAGCCAGUGCCAAAACUGGUGUGGGUGCCCCCAGUCGUCGAGACUUUUUUUGGCUGCGCUCUUUGGUGGCAGGAGGUAUUGCAGGAUGCUGUGCAAAGUCAACAAUUGCCCCUCUGGAUCGAGUGAAAAUUUUGCUUCAGGCUCACAAUCGGCAUUAUAAACACCUUGGAGUGUUUUCUACUCUGCGAGCUGUUCCACAGAAAGAAGGCUUCCUUGGCCUGUAUAAAGGCAACGGAGCAAUGAUGGUCAGGAUCUUUCCUUAUGGUGCUAUUCAGUUCACUGCGUUUGACCGAUACAGAAAGCUCUUGAUAGCUAAACUUGGUAUCUCUGGGCAUGUUCACCGAUUAAUGGCUGGAUCCAUGGCAGGGAUGACUGCAGUGAUAUGUACUUAUCCACUUGACAUGAUUCGAGCCCGUUUGGCCUUCCAGGUGAAGGGCGAGCAUGGGUAUGCUGGAAUCAUUGAUGCUUUCAGGGUCAUUUAUACACAGGAAGGAGGAUUUCAAGGAUUUUACAGAGGUCUAACUCCAACUAUUAUUGGCAUGGCUCCUUAUGCAGGAAUUUCGUUCUUCACUUUUGGCACCUUGAAAAGUAUUGGUCUCAGUCAGGCUCCUGGUAUUCUUGGAAGGCCUUCAUCUGACAAUCCAAAUGUUCUGGUUUUAAAAACCCACGUGAACUUGCUUUGUGGUGGAAUAGCAGGCGCAUUUGCUCAAACAGUAUCAUACCCCUUAGAUGUGGCUCGGAGGCGAAUGCAGCUAGGCUCCAUUCUGACUGAAGCUGAUAAAUGUGUAUCAAUGUGUAAAACUCUGAAAUAUGUCUAUAAGGUGCAUGGCAUACGGAAAGGCCUCUACCGGGGACUCACCCUCAAUUACAUUCGAUGUAUCCCAUCUCAAGCAGUGGCAUUUACCACUUAUGAACUGAUGAGACAAGUUCUCCAUCUGAACUGAAGACAUUUCAGGACGUUACCCAGACUACCAAAUUCAUGAUUGCAAUUUUUGUGACCGUCAUCCAUAAGAACAUUUCUGCUAUGAAGACUGCCCUGGUAUGAUGCGGGAACUACUGUCCUCUGAUGUGGAUACUAAACUAUUAUUUAUUUGAGUAAUUACUUGCGAUUAAGACUGAAAGUCAGCAUCAGUGUUCUCUGUGUUUCAGGUUUGUGAAAAUUAUUGCCAUCCUAUGCCACCUUUGCAUUUCAUUAGGCUAGGUAAUCAAUUUCAGUUCCUGCACCCCAGCUCUGAGGACAGAGAUGAGUUUAAUAUGGACUGAAAAAAUUGGACCCACAGUUACUACUGUCAGUUUUCUAAUACUUUAUGUAUGAAUAUUUUAUUCUUGAUCUGUUAAUAUUAUAUGUACACAAAUAUAACAAAUCUGAGGCUUAUUUUGCACACUCAAUCACCUAUUUGAUGGAAGUUCAUCUUUAAAUACUGUGAAACUUGUAAUCUCCAGCAGUUGGUGUUCCAGUAAACCUUUGUGAAUAUUUGUAGAUUUGAUUUGAGAUCAGCUGUGUUGGGAAUAAUUGUUCCGGUCAGUCCCUUUUUAUCUGGACGGCAAUAGUAAACUUCUAGCGAUUUGGA